AUGUCGGUCCCGUAUCAAUUGGUCCAGUGGGUACAGCGUUCUUACCCUAGACCGCAAGUGCACCCCGGAUGGCUGGAGCAAUGUUAUGAGUACAUAUUAGAAAAUUUGAAACUCGACCCGUCCACGGAUCUUCAAAAUAUCAUCCAUAACGUUGAAGCACAGUUUCUUCAGUCUGAUCUGCAGGAUUCCACCGUUCCUGGAACCGGUCUCCCACCCGACAUAUUCACAUACGAUGGCAUGCGACUACAGGGCCCAAUUCUCGUUCAGAUUUCUGCCAUAACAGAUAUAGGGCAAAGCGCUUUCUCUCUACAAAAUGUCAGACAGACCCGUUUAGACCGAGCUGAUCUAGCUGGUCUGGGACAGGAAGGCGACGAAGAUGAAGGCCCAAUCCCACGUUAUCCCCGCUCGAUGCUUCGGUUCCAAUUGAGCGACGGUAACCUAUCCAUCAAAGCGGUCGAGUAUCGCAAAUUACCGCAGUUGGAGCUCGGUGAAACUCCUCUGGGAUAUAAA